UUUUAAGCAGCUCUUGGAACUGAGCUGACUCGCUCUGCCCUUUGAAACUGCAUUCCCCUCUCUUUUGCAUUGCACAACACGCUCAUCACUUUUUCCCCUCUUCGACAAUUUACUUCACUCAUUCAGCCUCUACUGAGUACAAUCUUAUCAAUCAGUUCAUCAUUCUUGUCACAAUGGAGUCUACGCAGCUUCAGCAGCAAGAACCUCAGCAAGGGCAGCGUCUUGCUAGCCCUUCACGCCAACCCUCGCUGUCUCCAGCCGAGGAGGAGGCUGUGGCUGGACUUGCGCGCAUGAAUAAGCGAAUUCGCGAGAAUCCAAUCAUCGCCGACGACGACCCUAUCGAGGAACGUGGUGUGAAACGGCGGCAGACCUUGGAUUCUCGUGAUGGCGCUGAGGCAGCUACCGAGACAGCUGUUGAAGCGUCAGUUGAAGCGUCAGUUGAAGCAUCAGUCAUGGCAUCAAUUGAAGAUGAGCCUUCUGGGACCCCUCUAGAGGUGGCUUCUUCGGAGACUAGUGAGCAGAUAGAAGGGUUGACCAAUGAGGAGACUACUCAGGCCAUUCUUACUGCGGCCAAUGAUCUUGAAAGGGCCCGUCGAAGACGGGUGCUGGCCGCCUAUAUUGAACAAAAUAACACUCGCGAAACCAGCUAUGAUGGUGCAAGCACUUGGAAUAGUAGUCUUCGAGAACCAAGCGCCCGAGGAGCCAGCAAUGGCAAUCCAAGCACCCGCCAAACAAGUCUUCAGCCAGAAGAAGGCAAUGGAGAAACAGAUAGCCAAGAAGACACAGAAUUCGAUCCUUCUUCUUGGAGGCCUAUGGCUAGCAGAGACUCGCCGGAUCGUCCUCUAUACUUAUACCCUGUCUCUGAAGCCGACAGCGAAUGCUAUGCGCUUCCCAAGUCUAUGUGGCCAGUAGAGCACAAGACUGAUCCAUUUCGGGAUCCUUCAUGGGAACAUGAAUUUCAGCGGUUUGGAACAUUUUUACACGAGCAUCCUCUGGGCCUUUGCCAGGAAAGCGAGGCUCUCUGUAAAAGGUUGCUUGAAGGCGAACAACCGCUCCCCGAAAAGUCUUUGUUUGACGACGAUAUCAUCCGCGCAACGUGCGAGAUGAUCCAACAUCGAAAUGAGACCAUGGUAUUCCGCGACAUCACUCCUCUGAUUGCGCCGUCAGCUGAGCUUCUUGCUUUGCGCAGCGAAACCCAUAAGGAUUUGAUGUACGAAUCUACAAAUGAAAUAUGGGCUCACUCUCAGCCGAUUCUUCGCGUCCAACCGCAGCCUACAUACGCAGUUGGAUUCCGGGGUCCAGCUUUUACAACGGAACGAUACCAGAAGGUUUAUACACUCUUUGAGGACCUCUGCACGGAUGAAUCAUCUCCUGUCGCGAGCACACCUUUCAUGUUCUUCCCAUUUUUCUCGUGUGAAAUCGGAUCGCUCUCCAUGGCCCAGCGCCAGAACACACACAGCAUGUCCAUUGGCAUGAAUGGGGUUGUCGAGCUCUUCCGCGGCGUCAAGCGUGAAGCAGAACUGGAUCGUCAGGUCUUGGCCUUUUCCAUCGCGCACAGCCAUCACGAGGUGCAGAUUGUUGCGCACUACCCGGUCAUCCUCGGAGAAUACACAAGCUACUUCCAAAAGGUCCUCUAUUCGUUUGACUUUGCCGAUCCUGCUUGUGUCGAUAAGUGGGCUGCGUACCGCUUUACCAGAAACCUCUACGAUCACUGGAUGCCGAUCCAUUACAGGCGGGUCUGUUCUGCCAUUGAUGAUAUACCUCACACUGUCACCGAUGAGAUGUAAUCAGAUCUAUUAACAUAGGAACUAGGAUGGUCUGGAAGCUUUUAUACAUGCGAAGCUAUUCUGAAGGCAUUAGAUUGCCUUCGAGAUUAUUGGAUCAUAUUUUGAACAUAGGGAGCUUUAUUAUACACGCAAAGCUAUUUUGAAGGCAUUGGCUAUCCUUCGAGGUUAUUGGGUCAUGUUAUAAGCAUAGUGGUUCUGGAGUACACUUCAAAUAGUUUUGUGAUUUUCUUCUUCUUCACUUCAGACGCGCUUUUUGGAUCACAGCGCUUAUUUCUAGAUUGGACAUUGGUUAUAACAAUGCUCGUCCAUUUCUGGAUUUUACUAGGGUAUUGUAGCUCAAUACAUAUCGGCAUGAACGUAUUCAAAACACAUCUUAAUGCUACCACCAUAUUUCCCUAGACACGUUCCGUGGAGGGUGG